CAUAUGCGAUAACCUUUCGCCUUUACUGAUUCAGGAUACAAACAGAAGGUUAGCCAGUCUGACAGCAAAUAAACCUUCUACUGGGAAUGAAGCUGUGUAAUUUCGCUUGAAAGAAGUAUUUAUAUGUGAAAUGAGAAGAGGACACUGACUGUUAUAGGACUGUGGUGAGUAAAAUAAUCCCUCUGGUUAGCUGUGUUAAUGCUGGUUAUUUUACUUACACGUUGACGCUCAGAACGUUAGCGAGCUAAAUCUGUUAGCUCUUGCGGCAGCGGCGUGUGUUAUUUUAACUUAAAGAUUAUAUCAGGUCGACAACAGCCUCCUAUAAGUUUAUGACUUUAUCUAGAUCUAUUUUGUAUGAGAUGUGUGUUUAAUUGCGUUUUUAAAUUGUAUAAUGUGACUAACUUAUAUGUUGUCUGAAUUAACAAUUAGAUAAUCUGCAUUCCUGAAGAGCAUUAAUGAACGCACCGAAAAAGUUAUACAACUUGUGGUUACCAUGAUUCACCUCUUGGCCAAGAUGCUUUAUUUUGUGUUUGUGUCAUCUGAUUGUGCUCUUCCUGACCCACUGUGUUUAGAGCAAACAGCAUGGCUACUGCCCCUCCACUCACACGGUCAGACUCAGCCCGUGGGGAGUUUUCCCCUCUGAAGCACUUCGUGGUCGCCAAGAAGAAAAUCAGUGAUGUCUUUGAGCAGUUACUCAACUACGUGCAAGAGACCUCCGAGUUUGUAGAAGGUGAGAGGCUUUGAUUUGUUUAGACGUCCUGUAAACUAGGGAUGCACCGAUCCACUUUUUUCACAGAUACCGAUAUCUACAAUUUAAUAUCGGCCGAUACCGAUCCAAUUCCGAUACAGAGAAGCCACACUGAUUUACCUUUUGUUGUAACCUGAAGUUUUACCAUUAGCCGUCGGAACAUUUACUGCACAGGUAUUGCAAGUGACUGUCCUCAUUGGUCUGAGGUAUUGUGAUAAAGUUCAAGAUAGCAGACCCCUUUGUUCGCUCCAUUUUGAAAACAACAUGGGCAUCCGCUUAGCGUGUUUACUUGUGGACGCCACUCGUGGCGCAUAGCAUAGAGUUAGAGUGAAGAGAUCGGGCCCAUUGUCACGAUACCCGAUCUUAAACUUUCUUCAGUAUCGGGACCAAUACUGAUAUCAAAUAUGGGAUCAGUGCAUCCCUACUGUAAACAAGAUUUUAUCCCUUUACAAAACCAAAUGACCAUGUUAGUCAUUUGGUUUUCAUCUCUCUGACAUGUAUGCAUGUGUUUGUUGGACAGAAACCUGUGGAAAUAAAGCCUUGGAGAGCAUAGCCAGUCAGGACCAGAAGUUGGAGAUUCAGGCAUAUGCUGACAAACUGACUGUCAUUAAGGAGGUGCUGGCACGGAGGCACAUGAAAGUGGCUUUUUUUGGAAGGUAAAUAAGUUUUACUUUCAAUACAGUUUGAACUUAAUUGCAAGCUCAACGUCAAGAUAAAAGACAAGACAAGACAAAAUAUAGGUUUGUUUAAAAUACACUUUUAUGCACACCCUUGUACUGACAUUGUGAAAUGACUGCAAUCUUUGUCUGUUAUUACAAACCCAUUUGUUUUUGAGGAAAGGAUGAUUUAUCAGCAUACCAUAGUACCAGGAUGUGUAAUCGUAAAACAUGGAGUAUAUGCUUGACUCAGAAAUAAGUUGUCACUAGAUUAUGUAUUUCUCUGACCUCAGCAGAUGUUUUAAUGAAAUAACUGUCUUGUUGGUUUUUAGGACCAGUAAUGGUAAAAGCACAGUGGUCAACGCUAUGCUUAGAGACCGGGUGCUGCCCAGCGGUAUUGGCCACACAACCAACUGCUUCCUGAGUGUGGAGGGCACUGAUGAAGACAAGGCUUACCUCAAGACCGAGGGCUCCGAUGAGGAGAAGAGCAUCAAAGUAAAUGUUGCUUUUUUUCUGAUUUCAUACAGAUAAUUUGGUCUGUUUUAAAGACCUGGGAGCCUUCUGGUCAAAGUGACUAAUCAAACUUAUGUUGUCUUUGAUCAGUCAUCAUACGGUUAGACUGAUAACAAAAGUUUGGAAAUCUUAAAAAGGCAGUCAGAUUAACAACAACCUGACUGAUUGGAUUUUUUUUGUUUUUGUUGUUGUUUUGGGAGGGUUUUCAGUGUUUGGGAUACAAGCUGAUAACAUCAAUCUCCAACACCCAACUCUGCUUCACUGUUUCAUCUACAGGUGGUAACAAAUAGUUUAAAACAACUAGCAGAUUUUUCAAAAUCAAUUAUAUUGAUAAAGACCUCAUUUAAAGACAAAGGCUAAUGUUUCUAUUUGUGUUUUGGCUUGAGCUAACUUUGAUGUCAGGUUGUAAACUUAAGGUUAAUGUCUUCAGAAAAAAACAAGGAUGACAUUUGCUUUGUCAGAAAUCUAAAACUUCACCACAAUGAUAACACUGCUGGCUGCAAACUUCUUUUGCAGUUCACAAAAGUUAUAACUCCAGUUUAAUAAAGGUUGGAACACUGCGUUCGAACACUGACAGCAGAAUUUGAUGGCCUGUGAAUCAUUUAAAGCCCAUAUUUAAUUGAAAUACAAAGACGUAAUUUCAAAUGUUGUAACUGAAAAUUGUAAAGUUUAAAGAAAAUAUUGUUUUGUUUAAGAAACAAAUGUUAUGGAACAUGUUGCUGGGAUAAAAUUUAGAAGGACAAUAUAUUUCCAUGAAACAAUAAUGUUUUACAGGUUCCUUUUUUGUAUUUGGACUACUUCAAUUGAACAUAAAAGUUUGAAUUAUUUGCAAAGCAUCAAAACCUAUUUUUAUCAACAUUCAACUCACCAAUCCAACUCUUGUGGAAUUAGGAUGUAUUUACAACCACAACAAAAGCCUGUAUUUACAUCUGCAGACCGUAAACCAGCUGGCUCAUGCACUUCACAUGGACGAGAGUCUCGACGCGGGCUGUCUCGUCCGUGUAUUCUGGCCAAAGACAAAGUGUGCUCUGCUUCGAGAUGACCUGGUGCUCGUGGACAGGUGACAGGAUCUGUUUGUGAAAUAUCAAAAUGACAUUUUCAGGGCAUGAAACAUUGAAACAUUUAUUCAUUGUCAUCAUUUAUUUGACCUCCUCACCACUCUACCACUGUCUAGUCCGGGGACAGAUGUCACAACACAGUUGGACAGCUGGAUUGACAAGUUUUGCCUGGAUGCUGACGUCUUUGUGCUGGUGGCCAACUCUGAAUCAACACUAAUGAACACGGUAAUGCCGUCUUAGUCUCAUUAGGCCUUUGUUUGCCUGAUAUCCUGUUAACAUUUCAACUUUGCUUUAGUCUUAUGCUGGCACUUCCUCAGGUGGUUAACAAUAGUAGAAUAAACUCAGCUAAAAGUGGGCUACAUGUUUUAAUUAUCAUAACUGACUGCUCAACAACUUUAAGUAACUCAUUUCCUAUGAGACAGAGUGAAUUCCUGUAACUGAAGGUCAGUUUCGUGUGUUAGUUGUAAAUUGGAUUGCUGUCUUUUCAGAGGAGUCAUUGUCGGCUGUAUUCUUUAAUUGAAACAAAGGCAGACAUUGACAGAUGUCAGUACGCUUAUUUAACCACUAACCAAUUAUACAAUAGCCAUAAUACUGAGAAAAAUACCAUCAGUUACGUCAUUCACUUGUGUGCUUUAAAGGCUGGUAUUAAUGUUUAGUUAUGAGAGCAGAGAGAGUGGCUGCUUGUGUCGGCAUUCAGCCAAAGAGGCCCUACUGUUGAUUCUCUCAGCUCAGGCAUCCACACUAUGUGAAGCUGCUCAUAAAGUCAAUCAGAGUUCAUUAGCUGAGCAGCAGGUCUUAGAUGGAAAGGAACAACCCCUCUCCUCUUCCUAUGAGCUGUUCACUGGAAAUGAGCUCACACAUUAUGUUAAUGGUGGACAAGCAAGUAGAAUAAACAUGGCACAUUUCAUUGAAAGCCUGAAAUCAGGCCAGUUGUGCAAACCACAAACCUUUAUAUGUAAAGCGUUUAUCACUUUCUUUUCUGUCUUGGUGAGAAUGAAGGAAUCAUGUGCUUUUAACUUAAAUAUUACUCAAACUAAUCACUCUUCACCAUCUAGGAAAAACACUUUUUCCACAAAGUGAACGAACGCCUGUCAAAGCCCAACAUCUUCAUCCUCAACAACCGCUGGGACGCGUCAGCAAACGAACCAGAAUACAUGGAGGAUGUAAGUCAACUAUCUGUUCAGCAUGUGCCCAUGUCUUCAAUAAUUACAACUUAUUGUGACAGAGUCAGAUAUUUUUAAAAUAUCUUUCUUCAGGUCAGGAAGCAGCACACCGACCGCUGUGUCAACUUCCUGGUUGAGGAGCUGAAGGUUGUGGAUCGGGAUCAGGCACCAAACCGCAUUUUCUUCGUCUCUGCCAAAGAAGUGCUGAACUCUCGAAUGCAGCGGGCGCAGGGCAUGCCUGAAACAGGUGAGACUUUAAAACAAAAUACAGAAAGAAGAGACACUGCCCACCAAGUUCACCUUAUUCACAUGAUAGUUAUAUUUAUAAAAAGAAAGAUUUUUUCCUUGCAUUGUGUUUUUUUGACAAUUGCAAACUUUUUUUAAUUUCACACACCCACAACGAGUGUAUCUCCUCCAAAAGGUGGCGCUCUAGCUGAAGGUUUCCAGGAGAGACUGAAGGAGUUCCAAAGCUUUGAGAGGAGGUUUGAGGUCUGUGUGCAUCUGUGUGUCUUUGUGUAUUUGUUCGUGUCAUACUCAUAUCUUUCAACAACUUUAAACCUACCUCAAAAAGCUAAAAUCUACUCUGUGUGUGAGAGCUGAAAGACAGACCUUGAACUAAGUAAAGAGGGAAGAGGUGUGUUAUUACCAAAAAAAACAUCUCACCAGUUAUACCUUUGAGCUGAAAUCAGUGCCAAGUCUUAUCAGACAAACAUGAAGGUUAAACAGAUACAGAUACGGACUGUGGUUGGUGUAUCAUAAAGGGCUUAAUAAUUCUUCUGUUUUUUUUGUCUUGUCGCUGCUGCUGAGAAUGAGUCACUACGACACAACGGGGAAUUCAAAUAUUAUGAAAGGGGAGGCUUUUAUUCCCGAAGACCAGGGGAUUUAGUCAGUGGCUCCUUUAUCAGGUCCUGAACCAGGGCUUACUUUUGUGUAAAUGUUAGACAAACUCAAAGGGAAUUUGAGAGAUACCACUUGGAGAAAGCAGCUGCCUGGUAAAAGUAUGAGUGUGUGAGAGAGAUAAUUUCAUGGUGAAAGACUUGACAACUUAAAAGCAACCCUUAAACCCGUCUUUAGUCAGCAAGUCAGUCCUGAUAUAGUUGGUUGGGCUUUUCUGCAAACCUCGCAGUUUGCAGCUGGCAGCCGCGGGGCCCUCUAGACCAAUCACUGUGCCUUUCCCAUCAACCUGCGUCUUCAUUGCUGAAGUCUAGAUUCACUAAGGCGAGGGCAUCCGUUUACUUUCUGUUCCCCUUUUAGUUUGAUCUCUUUACCAUUUCACUGUGACUGAUUUUUCUUUGUGUGUCUGUGUUUUGUUGCAUCUCUGUUGAAAUUUUUGUUGUUGUAAUAACCAACUGGAGUUUGAUUAUAAGCAUUUUGGGAUAAUAUCAUGAAAGAGUUAAUACCAGGUUGAUUUGAACACGUUUGCAGGGUUACUGUGAUGUGAAACUACACAUCCCAGAAUCCUGUUGGUAGGAAGUAGUUUCUGAGUAGCUACUUAAAUACAACAGAGGAGCAGCUUUUGUAUUUGUUGAAGUGUAGUCAAACAACCCUGUGUACUUUCAAGAAACGGAUCAGUCUAUUAUUAGGAUUAGGAGUUGAUUACAGAUUAUAACAUAUCUAAUUAUAAUGAUGGAAAUAUGUGUUAAAAUCACAGUAAAUCUCUGCACCAUCCAUUUACUCUAAGAAAAAAACAAUACUCCCACUUUAUUAGGUUGUGUUUUUAUUUUCUUUGUUUUACUUUCUUGUGAACCAUUAAUAUGUUUUAAUGAUUUCUUUUUAUCACCAACACACUACUGUGACUUUACAUCACACGGGCUCUUCGACACAAGAUACACACUCUGCUACUGUCAUUUUGGCACUUUGUUUCUUUCUUCACUUCUGUUUAAGUUGAAGUAGCAGGUGUGUGUCUUGUCCUCUGUUGGUCCCUGGUCAGUGUGUGAGCCGACACACCCUCACCAGCAGCAGCCCCUUUUAGCUGUCACAGUAACCUGUGUGUUAUGGCCUCGCAGGAGUGUAUCUCGCAGUCAGCAGUGAAAACAAAGUUUGAGCAGCACACUAUCAGGGCCAAGCAGAUCACAGAGAAAGUCAAGAGCAUCAUGGACGCCAUCAACAUCGAGGCGGCGGAGAAGAGGUGAGUAUCCCGAUCCAAAUAUUUCCCCUCCCACUCUGUUCAUGGAGUGGGUCAGAUAUCCUCUUAUUUUGUCAGUACCGUGUAAGGCACAUGAAGGUAAUCGAUAAAACUGCAGAGAGACAAAGUGUUAAUGCGAGGAAACAUUUUCAUGACCACUUGUUAGGCCUACCUGUUUGCAUUUUCUGACUUUUCUUCCUGUUGGCGGGGUGGGGCUUCAGGGUGGCAGCGUUGGAGGACAGAGAGUAUCAGAUGGACCGACUGGAGUUUGUCAAAAAUCAGCUCAACUUGCUGAUUGAUGAUAUCAAGAAGAAAAUCAAGGCCAUCAGUGAGGACGUCGAGUCGAAGGUAAACUAGGAAACAGCAGAGAGAAGAAAAAUCAAUUGUCCUGAGAACAUGUCCUCCUUAGGUCUUUCUUACUAACAUUAACAUCUUAUCCCUUUGAGGCAUCGACUUGGUGUAGCGUCUGAAAUGCAUUCACAUGCACAGAGGUUAUACAUCCUGAAGCAGGCGCCUCUAAUUCUAUGCUACAGGACUGCAUUUCUUUCUCCCAGAUUCCUACUUCAUCCACCCUCCUGUCCUCCCAAUUAAGGAACAGCCCAAAAUUAAAAGCUUGAAAAAAUACAGCACCUUUCUUAAAGCUUGAAUCACAGCUGUUUGAUCAUCAAACUUGUCAAUCCUCCUGUUAACCCUGUUUGUACUUCACCCAGGUAUCCUACGCCAUGGGAGAGGAAAUCUGCCGUCUCCACGUAAUCGUUGAUGAGUUCCGCGCUGACUUCCAUCCAUCGCCACAUGUCCUCAAGAUCUACAAGUCUGUAAGCUGAGCCAAUAUUCAAUCCAGUGUUAAAAAAGGAAGCUAGUUAGAAAGUGUGAGACUGUAAGUUCCUCAAGCAUCCUCCUCAGACUGGCUACUUUAAUGGCAAAAUAAAAAUGCUUUUAGCCCACUUAAAAAAACAAACUUGUUCAUAUAUAUUUAUAGCUUACUUGUACACACUUAACUGGUCGUGUAUUAUUUCUGAUUCUAUUAAGGUAAUGUGAAGGCUAAGAGUUUCACAUUAAUGUGCAUAUUUCAGGACUCUGUAGUCUGGUCACUCUCCUCGCUAAUAGACCGCUUUAAUGUGACCUUUGACUUCUGUUGCUGUUUGCAGGAACUGCUGUCUCAUGUGGAAGAGGGCAUGGGCAAGAACCUGGCUUUCCGCUGCUCUGACGCCAUCAAUGCCUCUGUCCUGUCCUCUCAGGAAUACAUGAUAGGUACCAAAACGGCAGACUAAAAACAGCAACAAAACUUUUAAUUGUGGUUCUUUUUUGAUGUUUUGGUCGUCUUAAGGUUCUUGAGUUAAAAAAAGUUUUAGGACUAGAAACAACAACAACAACAAAACUUUUUAGUUCUAGUUCUUUGUUUAUGUUUUAGUCGUCUUAAGUUUCUUGAGUUAAUAAAGGGUUCAGUGCAUGCUUUGUCCUCAGUAUAAGACCUUUGUGUUAAGCAGUAAAGGUAACAGUCCUGCUGAAGCAAAGGUAUUUGGACAUAUGAAAUAACUGCCUGUGAGUAAGAGUCUAAGGGGUUCUUAAAUUGUUCAUAUUGUAGACAAACUGUGCUGACAACAUAGUUUGGGAAAUUGAGAUUAAAACUUUACCUGAAAGUUGUUUAAGAUAAUAUUUCCUCUCAGUUUGAGAGGCCAAAAAAAAAAAAUCACCGUCAUUUUAACGGUAAAUGACCUCCACCCGUGUUUCCAGUCAUCUAUUGUACUUUGCAGACACAUUUGGAGUGCGUUGCUAAACUGAGCACAAACCUUUUGAGCUCUUGAGUGAUGGUCUGAAACACCCAGUGUGCUGCUAUAUUUACCUCCCUCGCUGAAUGCCACAUCCCAUGGCCUGUUGGGCCACAAAUGCGUCACGCCUGCUGACAAUGAUGUUGGGCAGGUGUUGAUGUGCUCUUUUGUGAAAGGACUCAGGUGUUGUUGUGAAAUUGUGGUGUGAUAUUUACCCUCCCCUGAGGACGGAUUUGACAAAGCGGGAGAAUUUGACUUAAAUAUGGUGUCAUUAACCACAGUGAGAAUGUAAGUCACCGUUACCACAGUCGUGUUAGCGGUGAUCAGAUUUGUGUGGUUCUUCUCUGCCUCUGAAUUUCCCUUUUAAUGAUAAUAAAUUAUACAAAAGUGCAUGUUAAUGUACCUCGAGCUGUAAAUAAUGCACUAACUGCUCCUGUUGUCUCUUUUUUUUUUUCCCCAUAAUUGUUACCACCCAUCAGACAGCAUGCUCCCUCUGCUUCCAUCUAAAGUCAAGAACCAAAUCAAUAUGCUGGUGCCAAGCAGAAAGUUUGACCUCAGCUACGACUUGAACUGCGCCUCACUUUGCAGCGACUUCCAGGAGAACAUCGAAUUUCAGUUUUCGUUGGGCUGGACAGCAUUAGUCCACCGUUACCUGGGAUCUGUCAACGCGCAGAGAGCCCUCAAGCUGGUGGACCAGAACUUCCAGGUAUGAAAACCUGUUAGUGUUGUGAUGAUAAAUGUCCUUGCGAAUUAUUGUUUGCUGUCCUGUUUGAACUCUUGAUUUUUAAAUCUACUGUCAUUGCAUAGACCUCUCGACCAGCGCUGCCUGUGGCCCGCACACCCUCCUCUGGACCCCCCUCCAUGAUAGCGCCACCUAACAACGAGACAGCCGUCAUGACUCAAGAGGACUUGAUGGUGGCCAUGGCGACCAACGUAGCAUCCCUUACCUCUCGCACUUCAAUGAGCGUUGUCAUAGUCGGAGGAGUGGUAUGUCGUUUGUGAAUCUGUCCCUUUGAUUUAAACACGUGGAAGGAUGUUUCUUAAAUCUCGUUUUGUUCCUGAUUUUGUUUUCAAAGGUGUACAGAGCAGUCGGGUGGAGGCUGAUCGUCCUGUCUGCCUCGCUGUACGGCUUGCUGUAUCUGUACGAGAGGCUCACCUGGACCACGAAGGCGAAGGAACGCUCUCUGAAGCGACAGUUUGUGGACUAUGCGUCAGAGAAAUUGCAACUCAUAGUCAGUUUUACAAGCGCAAGCUGUAGCCACCAGGUCCAACAGUAAGCCCUGAUACCAUUUCAUUUCUUUCACUUGUUUGUCAGUUGUUAAACUCCUCUGCAUAACUCCAGUUCAGUUGUGGUUUGUUUUUUGCUCGGGUGACCAUGUAUCUUGCAUCCUUCUUGUGCUGUAGUGAUUACAUCUGAUCUCAUUCAUGAGUAUACUUGCAGAUAAGUGGCACCGUGCUGGCCUGGAAUUUAAUUACUUAACCCUUUAUUCCACAUUUUUCAGAUUUAUUUCAAGGUGAAAAUUUUAUGUUCAGGCCAAGACUGUAUUUUGAUGUCAAGUGAUAAUCCACUGUACUAAGUAUAUAAAACUCUUAACUGCUCUUUAUUUUGUCUGUAAUCCGAUUAGUCUUUGCAAAGGUGAAGCGGAAACAAAAAAUGUCAACAAAUACAAGAUUUGACGUUCAGGGGAAAAAUUGGUUGGAUGUCCAAAAUCGCCCACAUCCCAUCAGUCCACCCUCAUAUAACGUGGCUAAGCAAAUAAGCCCUGUAACACUGUGCCCUCUGUGUUGUCAGGGAGAUGGCGACGACCUUUGCCCGGCUCUGUCAGCAGGUGGACCAGACACAGAAAGAGCUUGAGGCAGAAAUCUGCCAACUGACAGCCAAGAUAGAUCAGCUGGAGACGGUCCAGAGCCAAUCCAAGAAGCUGCGGUCAGUCCAGCUCCUUCUCGUCUGUGGGUGGGGACAUGUAGGGGGAAGGAGAUGAGGUAGAAAGGGACAUGUAUAGAGUGUAGGAGUGUAAUUAACUAAAAACUACAUACCAUGUAGAUGUCUUUAAACUCUGUUGUUUUGAGGAAAGCAGUGAGGUUGCUCAGAAAUUAAUCGAUGAAAAUGCAACAGCUUGAAAUUUAUCAUUUAACGGCUAAACAUCAAUACAGUUUCAGUAGCUUUAUUUGCAUCAAGUUGGUUUAAGUCUUUUGUGUGUUUGUUUCCUUUACAGACAUAAAGCAACAGAACUGGAGAGACAGUUGGAGGCAUUCACGAACCAGUACCUUCAGCCUCAGGAGUGAGCUGCUCCUCUUCAUCACUCCACUGUUUGGUUCCCUUUGAGCCAAUCAUUCCUCAAACUGGUGGUGCUCCACACUGGUCAUCACUUAAACCACACCAGAUGUUCUGUGUGAACAGUAUUGCUGUAAAGAUUGAGCAAUCGGUGGAUUGUUUUAUCAACCUUGAAGAGAAAUCAAGAGAUAUUUUGAUAAUCAACAACAAGGAAAUUCAUUUAGCCUGCAAGGUAUACCAAACUUCUUCUCAACUAUGAAGGUAGAUAGCCCUUUUUGUGUCAUUUGUAAAAAAUGUAAUCAGCUUCUUUUGUUGCUGUUCUUUUUUUUUUCACAUCCAAACACAAAUUUGAAGACGUUUUUGGUAAUAAAAUGGAUACAUGUCAUUAUUUUUGGACAUUUUGUAGACUUGUGAAUUAAAAAUAAACAGAAAAUAUUAAAUGACGUUAUUAUUAAACUGUCAGACACAGCAGUAUUUUCCUCCUACUCUCUUAAAACAGACUCAUAUUAAAAAAAGAAGCAUGGAAGAAAUUGUAAAACCAAACUGCCUGGAAGACAGAAAGUUGUGCUCAUGAUCUGUAAGGAUGCACCACAAGGUGGCAUUAUAAUUUCUCCAUGUGAGAGCUGCCAGUCUGGUGCUAUAUGUUGUGACACUAAUGUGCUACUAACUGUGAAUAUGCCUUUCUGACAACCCUUUGUGGACUGAAUGCAGUUUGUGUGUGGGAAAGAUUGAAUCUAUUUAUCUAGCUUCACAAUCCACAGAAUUGGCAACAAAAUAUGUAAAAAUAUACAAUAUUAAAGAGAAAACAUUUUUUUCUGAAUUGUUAGAACAAAUUUUAGUUGAUUAACGGAAAUAAAUCCUUUCAAAAUAAAGGGAAAGCAUGUCUAACAUACUGUAGGUUCGUGUUCUAUUUUCUAACAAUGAUGCCUGUAAAACUCAAAGGCAUUGGAAAUCCUCACAUAUUUUAUAAAGAUCUAUUUUAUUUAUGCCCAAUAGAGUUGUAACGGGUACUUAGCUGGUCUGCACCUCUCAAAUUACCUUUUCUUUACUUUUGUGUGAAAUACCUCCAGUUGUUUUCCAAUCACAUUAAAUCUGUCACAAUGUAACACUGCC